CAGUGAGAAAGUAAAUGUAAAUUAUAUAUAAAAAUUAUACGUUAUCUUUUAAAAAAUUAAUAAAAUAAAAUAAAAUAUUAGAAAACAAACACACACACACACAAAAAAAAAAAAAGUUAAAAACAUGAAAUUAAUAAUUAAAAAUUAACAAAAAUUUGGGAUUAAUUUACUUAAAAAAAAAAAAAAUUAAGAAGCAAUUCACCAAAAUUUAUAUAUUUGAUGAAAACAAUUUAGUGACCAACUAGAUAAAAUUACCUAGUUCAGAGACCUGUAUACAAUGAGUUUAGUUUUUUAAUUUAGCAAACAAACCAAGGAAAAUUGAGAAACAUUAAAUAUAGUCAGACCAAUUUAAUAAUAUGGAAGAAUGUUAUUUUGAUAAAAAUAGUCCAUUCACCAGAGAUUGUAUUGUGUAGGCGUGUAACAUGUCGAUGUUCAAUAUAUUUCUGUUAUCCUUCUUCUGGUUUCAGUCCCAAUAUUGCUAUGCAAUUUAUAACAUAACUUCAUCCCAGUCCUUAUCUAAAACACAAACUUUAGUCUCCCCAAACCAAAUUUUUGAGUUAGGUUUCUUUAAUCCAAAUAAUUCUGCAAAUCUGUAUGUGGGCAUUUGGUAUAAGAAUAUGUCACCCCGUACUGUUGUCUGGGUGGCUAACAGAGAGAAACCAUUAAAAGUUGUAGACUCAUCUUCCGAAAGUCUCACGAUUGGUAGUAAUGGAAAUUUGGAGCUGGUGAGUAGUAAAAACAAGUCUGUUAUCUGGUCAACUAAUAUUCUUGUCCGAUCAAGUGGUUCAAUUGUAGAGCUUUCAGAUAGUGGUAACUUGGUUUUGAAAGAUGACAAAACAGGAGACAACUUAUGGCAGAGCUUUCAACAUUCAGGGGACACAUUCUUACCUGGAGCAACGUUAGGUUACAAUCUCAAAACUGGAGCUAAUUAUGUGUUGACCUCUUGGAAGAGUGACGAGGAUCCAUCACCAGGGAAUUUCACACUUGGAAUCUCGAAACAGUCUCCCCCGCAAGCUUAUCAUUGGCUCAAUGGAAAAAUGCCUCAAUGGAGAAGUGGACCAUGGGACAAAACCAAGUUCAUAGGUAUUCCAGGGAUGGGUGGAUCAUAUCUAAAUGUACUUGAUCUUCAACAAGACUUUGAGAAAGGAACAACUUUUCUCUAUUUUAAUUCAUUCGAUAAUUACUUUCCCACGAAUUUUUUUGUUUCAUCUCAAGGUCUUCUAAGAUUUACUUGCAAAAACAAUGUCAAGUUGUUCCCAAAAACUAGAUGCGACGCAUAUGGAACUUGUGGAGCCUUCGGGGUAUGCAAAACAUCCGACUUUCCAAUUUGCAAGUGUUUAAAAGGGUUUGUACCAAAAUCAGUCCAAGAGUGGAGGAAGGGAAUUUGGAGCGGAGGGUGCAAAAGAAGAACCAACUUACUUUGUCAGAAAAACUAUAGUAGCCAACCAUCAAAUGGAGAAAAAACAGAUGGAUUUCACAUGAUGAAUAUGUUAAACCUUCCAGACUUGUAUACGUUUGUGAACAAUAUUAAUGAAGCCAAUGAUUGCUACACGUGGUGUCUAAACAAUUGUUCUUGCGUUGCUUAUGCUUAUGUAAAUGGAAUUGGAUGUUUGGUCUGGUCAGAAGAUCUUAUUGACAUUCAGGUCUUUCCCUAUGGCGGUGCAGAUCUUUUUAUUCGCCUUGCACCAGCUGAACUUGCGAGAGGACAGAAAACCAGGAAGAUUGUCAUCAUCCUCACAGUUGUUUCUGCUUGUGCCCUUCUUCUUGCUGCUGUCUUCGUAUUUCAUAGAUGGAGAACUAGUCACAGAUCUGGAAGAGCAUGGUCCGUUAAGGAGAUCCUAAGGAAACUUGGUUUGGCCAAGAGAAGGGAAACUCCAUUACACAAUCUGCAAGGUGCCAAACAACAAGAUCCAUCCGAGCUGUGUAUUUUUGAAUUGAAUAGUGUUUUAGCUGCUACAAACCAUUUCAAUAUCACAAACAAACUCGGUGAAGGAGGGUUUGGUUCUGUUUACAAGGGAAAAUUACAAGAUGGAAGGGAAAUAGCAAUCAAAAGAUUGUCUAGUAGCUCCGUACAAGGCAUAGAAGAGCUUAAGAAUGAGAUGAUUUUGAUCUCUAAACUUCAGCACAGAAAUCUGGUGAAGCUCUUAGGUUGCUGCAUUGAAGGAGAAGAAAAGUUACUAAUUUAUGAGUUUAUGCCCAACAGAAGCUUGGAUACUUUUCUAUUCGAUCCAAGUAGAAGUGCACAACUCAACUGGGCUACACGCUUCAACAUUAUUCAUGGAAUUGCUAAAGGUCUUGUAUAUCUUCAUCGUGAUUCAUGUUUAAGAGUGAUACAUCGAGAUUUGAAAGUAAGUAAUAUUCUCUUGGAUGUAAAGAUGAAACCCAAAAUAUCAGACUUCGGAUUGGCACGAAUUUUUGAAGGGACAAUGGAUCUAGUAAACACUCGAAGGAUAGUCGGAACAUUAGGCUACAUGUCUCCAGAAUAUGCCAUGGGUGGAAUAUAUUCUGAAAAAUCUGACGUAUUUAGCUAUGGGAUGCUGCUAUUAGAGAUAAUCAGUGGGAAGAAGAACUCUAACUUCCACUAUUAUGAGAAAGAGCUAAGCCUUGUCGAUUAUGCAUGGCAAUUGUGGAAUGAAAGCAGAGGACUAGAAGUGGUUGAUGAUGCAUUGGCCGACUCAUACUCUGCAGAAGAAGCAGUAAGGUGCAUACAUAUUGGUCUUUUAUGUGUGCAAGAUCAUGCAAGUGAUAGGCCAACCAUGGUUGAUGUGGUUUCCAUGCUGAUUGUGGCGUGCUGCCCCAUGGCACACCCACACUAGGGCCAUUUUGUAACAUGAGCAUGCCUUGGUGCUUGAUCAUUAGUCAAGUCUUGCACCAAGCACCUCAUGGGGGUUGGGAACCUUUUGUUGUUUAGCUUUCUUUAUUUGUAUUUCCUUCACAUAUGUCUACAGAGCUAAAAUCAUCUAUGUUCCUGGAAAUCCCUUAAAACCCCAUUAAGCUCUUUAGGGGGGGGUGACCAGGUGACUUAUGAAGCACCUUGUCACCAGCAUGAUAGGGGCCCAGCUGUGUACUCCCUUGCCCUAUCAAGUCCAUAUAUUAAUAAAACGAUGUUUAUCCAUGCUUCUUGUGUAUGCUUCUAUAUGGUCUUUGUGAUGCCUGUUUGUUGCCUUUGUUGGGCCAUUGCGUGCCAUUUGUCUAUAUGUUUGCUUGUGGGUUGUGUGAGAUUGGUCCUUGGGGGACGCGUUGUGUUUGUUUGCUCAUGCUUCUUGUUUGCACUCAACAUGUGCGAGACAUGUAUCGUGCCUAACCUUUGAACUUGUUUGCCUGCAGGCGCGUUUAGGCUGACUUGCUAGCUCGGUGUGCCAGCAAGUGCCGCACGUUCCACCUACUUGGGGUGCCCAAAUAGGCGGCCCGUGACAGUUGGUAUCAGAGCCAAGUGAAAAGGGAAGCUUGGUAACACGACAUAAUGGUGAGCAACACCCAAAGGAUUCAAGAGCUUGAGAGGCGCAUAGGGGAAUUAGAUGGCCUGGACGAGAGGGUCAGGGAUCUAGCCCCUAACAAUCAGAACUCAGGGCCAACAGUGACACAACAACAAGUUGCCUCGUUGGCUCAAGACUAUGCUAACUUGUUGGCCAGGGUAGCUGCGAU